GCCUCCUGCGGUGCAUGAUGGUCGGUGUGUCUGCUGCCGUUGGUCCGGUUGUUUCCCUCCCGGUUCCCCCGGUGCUCCUGUGAUGGUGAAGAGAAGAAACACCGGCUGCUGCGCUUCACACGACAGCCCCAGCAUCCCUCUUGUGUGUGUCUCCAGCUAGCCUCCUGGGAGGCCAGUCCCAAUGCCAUGGCCUCCAGCCACGGCUCCUCCCCAGUGCCUCGCGGAGGCCGAGAUGGGAUCCAUCGCAAGGAGCGGGAAACCCCCCCACCUCGCUGCCGCUCCAUCCGCUCCCUACCAGACGUCUGCCCCAAAGAGCCCACCGGUGAGGGGCGGGGCCUGUGCGACGGCCCGUCCGUGGUGGCGGAGCACGACAGGUGGACGGUGUACAGCUCGAAGGUCAACCUCCCCGCCGCGCUGAACGACCCGCGGCUCGCCAAACGGGAGUCUGACUUUUUCACUAAAACGUGGGGGCUGGACUUCGCGGAGACGGAGGUGAUGCCCUCCUUCUACCUCCCCAACAUCACCAGGGAACACUUCGGACCGUACCUGCAGGAGACGGCUCAGAGGGAAAGAAUCCACGAACGCUGCAAGACGAUCUGUCCCAACAAAGACGACGUGGACGCUGUCUCCAGUAUCACCACCAACCACGACAAAUCCAGAGCUGAGCUGGAACAAGUCCCGAAGAUCUUCAUGAAGCCGGAGUUUGCUCUGGAGGACCCCGCCACCUUCAACGCCGUGCUGCCCUGGUCACACUUCAACAGCGCCGGAGGGAAGAGUAGCCGAGACGUGGCGUCCUCCAAACUGCUCCAGGAGAAGCUGAGUCACUACCUGGACGUGGUGGAGGUGAGCAUCGCCCGGCAGAUCUCGCUGCGCUCCGAGGCCUUCUUUCACGCCAUGUCCUCGCAGCACGAGCUGCAGGACCGGCUGCAGGAGACACAGCGGGCCGUGGCCGUGCUUCGGGGCCGCACCGCCGCCAUCGACCGGAUCAUGUGCCAGGGGCCUCUGCGGGCGCUCCGCACCGCCCUGACCCGGAACAACUGCGUGAAGCUGCACAACAAGCUGAAGCUGAUGGCGGCGGUGCACCAGACACAGCCCACCGUGCAGCUGCUGCUCUCCACCUCCGAGUUCGUCGGAGCGCUGGAGCUGAUCUCCACCACCAAGGAGGUGCUGCAGCAGGAGCUGCAGGGGAUCCACAGCUUUAGACAUCUGGGCUCCCAGCUGUGUGAGCUGGAGAAGCUGAUCGAUAAGAUGAUGGUGGAGGACUUCAGCAUGUACGCCCGCAGCGACCUGAACCGCAGCCUGAAGGACGAGCCGCAGGUCCUCGAGAAGGUCCACAAACCAAAUGCUGCCUCACACAAGGAGCGUCUGGAGUCUCUGGUGUUCGGCCUGCUGCGCCAGAGGAAGCUGGACUUUCUGGAUAUUUACAGCGAUGAGAUGAUCAUGGCGGCUAAAGCCAUCGUCUCUCAGUGUGUGGCAGAAAAUGUUUUGCACAUAGAAGACAUUGACACUGAAGUCAUCACUAAGCUAGCUGACCAGAUGCGUCUGAUGACGUUCCCUCAGUGGUUUGAGCUGCUGAAAAACGUCUUUGAGAGUUUCCUUCUCUUCCUGCAGAGCAUCAAGGCCACUCUGAGCGUGGUCAAGAACGUGGUUCUGGAGGUUCUGGCCUCCAACCAGAGGGCCCGGCUCCUGGAGGAGGCCGGAUCCGCGGCCUCUGUUCAGGAGGCUCCCACCGGCCCGGCCCUCCUGCAGGGGGAGGCGGAGCUGGCCUACCUCACCCACGAGGGUCUGUUCAUCAGCGACGCUCUAAACGAGGCCCACCAGCAGCAGCAGGCGGUCCAGGACCAGAACUCUGCUGCAGGAUCCAGGAUCCAGCAGAGUCGGCCUGAGGCAGCCAGCACCGACUCUGCAUCCGGGACCACAGAGACCUCCAUCAGCAGGGAGCAGAACUUCAUGUCGGGUGAGAACAUGAUGCCCACGGAUCUGGAGCUGAACCGAGUCAUCAACAACCUGCAGGAGCUGCUGUACACGGCGUCCGACGUCAGCCACGACCGCUGUGUCAAGGUGCUCACAGCCAGAGCCAAGGACGGCUCUCUGGAGCGUCUGAGCUCGGCGGAGUUCGUGUGUCUCUCUCGGGCCGUGGAGGGUUUCGUCCGGGACACAGAGGAGCUGUGCGGCCGGCGCAGCGUGUCCCUGCGGGGGGCGCUGCAGAGCCAGGCCAACCGCUUCGUCCACCGCUUCCACGAGGAGCGCAAGACCAAACUCAGCCUCCUCCUGGACAAUGAGCGCUGGAAGCAGGCGGAGGUCCCUGCAGAGUUUCAGGAUCUGGUGAACUCCAUUGCUGACGGAAGGAUCACGCUACCAGAACGCAAAAUCCCAGGUCCGGAGGACAGGAAGCCCUCAGAGUUUUUGCUCGUCAACGGGCAGAAGUACGCCGUCGUCGGGACGGUUCUGCUGCUGAUCCGGAUCUUUCUGGAAUACUGUCAGUGUGUGAACGACAUCCCGUCCAUCGCCACCGACAUGCUGACGCGUCUGUCCGACCUCCUCAAGCACUUCAACUCUCGGAGCUGUCAGCUGGUUUUAGGAGCCGGAGCUCUGCAGGUUGUCGGCCUGAAGACCAUCACCACCAAAAACCUCGCGUUGGCGUCCCGCUGCCUGCAGCUGGUAGUUCACUACAUUCCCGUCAUCAGGGCUCAUUUUGAGACUAAACUGCAGCCAAAACAGUUUAGCGUCCUGCGACACUUCGACCACAUCACCAAGGAUUACAACGAUCACAUAGCAGAGAUUUCUGCCAAGCUGGUGGCCAUCAUGGACAGUCUGUUCGAGAAGGUUUUAUCCAAGUAUGAAGUGAAGGCUCCGAUGCCGUCGGCCUGCUUCAGAAACGUCUGUAAACAGAUGGCCAAGAUGCACGAAGCCAUUUCUGAACUUCUGCCUGAAGAACAGACGCAGAUGUUGUUUCUGAGGAUUAAUGCCAGUUUUAAGAUGCACCUGAAGAGACAGCUGGCUCGCCUCGGAGUCAUUAAUGAUGGAGGACCACAGCAUGGGCUGGUGGUGGUGGACGUGGCGUUCUACACGGAGAACGUUCUGGCGCUGAAGAGCCUUGAGCGGCUCGACCUCAACAUGGCCGAGAUCUGGGAGCAGAAGAGGUGAUGGAGGAUGGAGACGGGACGUCCAGGACCGACCCACCCACCGUCCAGAUGACCGGCCCGUAGACGGGGGGCGACCUCGGGGCCAAUGGCAGCCGGCCGAGGGCGGAGGGAGGGACCCGGAGGGACCAAAAACAGGACAACUGGGAGAACCAGAGCAGCAACAGGCUGCAGCUUCCUGAGCUGCUCCACCUUAUAAAGACUAUCCAGUAACACACAGAGCUCCUUAAAAACUGCUGCGCCUCAUCUCACUGUGUGCAAUUCAACAGUAAAUUAUUAGACAGUUUUAGUGGGAGUGAAGCGUGUAGAUAAUGUUUAAGAAAUGGCGGGGUAAUUUAUUUUUCUGUCGUCUUGAAAACAUUCUAUAAUGUGGCAGAGUUUUUCUCCACCUGUUGGAGCUGAAGGGAUUUUUUUUUUUUUUUUAAAUCAUCAACGCACACAGAAACCAAAUUUUUUUUCUGUGGCUGGUUUCGCAGACUUUUCUCUGAGGAUUCACACGACUCCUCAGGAUGACAGGGUUCUCCUUGAGGUUGUUCUCUUUCCAAGCCUCGUUCAUCAGCUGGUUUUGGUUUUAUUCGCUGUGGUGACUUAUGUGGUAAAAAUGGAUUCUUAAAACUUUUAUACUCAAAUGGGAAUAUUUUCCAGACUUGUGGAAACUCGGACAGCUUGAGAUCUGGAGGAACAAAAACCGUGGAAGUGAAGAGUUUAUUACCUGAAACCUUUGAAUAGAAACAUCCAGACUGUGAAAGCAUCACGCCUCUCAGCUACAUCCUGUCCUUACCAAAGUAAAAGACUUAAUCAUUUGGGAAAUAAACUCUUCAAUUACACUUUUUUUCUCCUUCAAACUGUCACAUUAUGCAUUAAGUUUUCUUCAGUGGUUGUGAUGAUCCGGAGACAAAAGUUAAUUUUUCUACGUGUAGUUUAUUGGCGAGUUUGACUGCAGAACAUGAAGCAUGAAAAUCAGCUGUUGACCCAAACUGCUGUUCUCCUUCCUACUGUAGUUUUAUUUAUUAUGCAUGAAGACAACGGGAGCUUUUUAUUCCUCAGAGGCUCAAACGACUCAAAGCGGAACAGGAAAUCUGAUUAUUAUUAUUAUUAUUAUUAUUUUUUUUUUUUUUAAAUAUAAUUUCAUCUUUUUUGCUAUUUUAAAAGAUGAAUAAAUAUGGAGCCACUGCAUAAUAUUAAGGGGUAAUUAAGAGAAAACAAAUAAAUUAAUAAAAAAAUAAUUUAAAUCAUAAAUUAAUGGGGGAAAAUGUCUCUGAGAUUGAUGAGUAAAUUUACUAGAAAAAAAAUUACAAGUUUACAACAAAAUGUUCUUUUUAUAUUUUUGAAGUAAAAUUAUAUUUUGUGAGGGAAAAAAACUGGAGUAUUAUUUGAGAUUUAAGUGUUUAGAAAAGUCGUACAUGAUUUAGAAAAUCAUGUACGACUUUAAUCAGAGAAUAUUGUAUGUUUUUUCUGAUAAUUUACAACUUUAAAAUACCCCUGCACCUCACCAGCUCCAAUUUACUUUUUUUCCCUACAGUUCUUAUAUGCUGUUGUAGUAUUUUUUUUUUUCUAAUUUAUUUAUUAUUUUUUUAAUAAUGCGAAAAACAAACCUCCAGAAUCAAAAUCUGCACAAAGCGACGGUUUACUGCUCAGUAAUCAAGCGAUCGUCUGCAGCAGAUUCUUCCUGCUUUAUCAAAAUAAAUUUACCAGAAAAUAAAAAAAUACACAACACAAGAUCAUAAUUAUCUCCUUAACUGUCACCAUGAAUCAUCAAGAAAAAAAAUUGGGAUUAAUGUUAUAAAAUUUACUAGAAAAAACAUAGAAAGUCUUGAGGAAAAAACAUAAUUACAGUCUUGAAUUUGCAAGAAAUCACAUUAAUAUUUGAGAUUAAAAUGCCAAAUUUACAAAAAAAACCAACCGAUGAGAAAUAUGUUUUUAUACAUAUUUGAGAUUUGAGUUGUUGAUUAACUAGAAAAAAAAAUCCAAA